CCCCCCCCCGCAGCCAAGCGUCCGGAUCCAGAGAAACCCAACAAAUGCAAAUGGUUCUUCGUUUUCUCCCUCUAUCUAUAUAUGUAUGUCCUCUGUUUAAGAUUUUGGUUAUAAUCCUAUCUGUUUCUUUUUGUUACUAGUACUACUACUAUGAUUCCAACGUAGUAAAACAUUCACUAUAAACGAAUUGUAUAUAGCCUCCUUGUUGACACAGAAGCUAAACAAGAUUGAUGUCUCUUUAGUCCCACCCAGGUGAAACAAAAUCGAUCACUAAACGAAUGGUUUGACUUAAGGGUAUUGUGGAAGAGAAGAUCAUUCGCUGUGAUGCAUUGAGUUCUGUGUUGGCUCGUUGCCUCGAAUUAGUUGCUAGUUUGUUAAUCUAUCUCUUCUAUAAAACGAAGCAGUUACUCAUUGAUGAAACCCUCUUGGGAACUGAGGAUUGCUGAAGCAGAAGUUUUAUUAUAAAAAUGUAAUCUUCGGCACUGAGCAAGAAUUAAGGAGACCUUAGAUGAUUUUUUUGGGUGGAUUUUACGCUUGACGAAAACAUAGAACUUUGGUGCUGAUGCUUUCUCUUUUUACACUAGUAUAUCUAAGGUCUACCCAAUUCAAGUUUCCCAUUUUCUAUCGCUAAAGGUCUUCUGCAAGACUGUAUCUUGCAUAUGCCAAUUUGAUUGGUGGAUAAAGUAUUUUUGUCAUUGAAGACAUGAAUCACCAGAAUAUUGUAUCUCCUCAGGGAGUUACGGAACCAUACGAUCCUUCACCGUCCCAAGUUCAUAAUUUCUUUAGAGUAGAAUCUGAAGGUCUUUCUGGUGAAUGUUCACCUUUGCUUCCAUCUCCUUUCAUAAGAAAAGAGCCUUUUUCUUCUCCUGAUUAUGUUCAACCGUCUAUGUUCCAAACUCAAUAUUGUUUGAAACCUGAAAGGAGUGGUGACUUAUCUCCUGCUUUGGUUCAACAUCCUCGAAGCGUAUUUUCGUGCUCUGAAACUCAUCGAGGGUUUAGAAAUAUGCCAUUUCUUCCACAUCCUAGUACCAGCAACCAGUCCAUUUCUUCUGCUGAUUCAACGAAAUCCCCUUCGCUUUUUAGUGGGGAUUUUAGCAAUCCAUCUGAUGAGACGAACUCUAAAGGUCCUGUGAAAGACUUUCUUAAUAUGCCUGGAGAGGAUUCAGAUGGUAGCUUUCAUGGUUUAAAUUCUCCAAUCGAUAAUUUGACAUUAGCAGAGCAAUUGGAGCUACAGUUUUUGUCCGAUGAACUUGACAUUGCUUUCACCGACGAUGGAGAAAAUCCCAGGCUUGAUGAAAUAUAUGAAUUGCCUCAUCAAGCAUCGUCAAAACAAGCCGUUCGAAGAAAAUGCUAUCAAAAUUAUGUAUCUGUCGCUCCACCUGUUGAUGCUCUUUCAAGUCUCCCUUCUCCUGGGCCUGCUGCUCUGCCCAAACCAAGAAUGAGAUGGACACCUGAGCUUCAUGUGCGCUUUGUGGAGGCUGUCAACAAGCUUGAUGGGGCAGAAAAGGCUACUCCAAAGGGUGUAUUGAAGCUUAUGAAUGUUGAAGGUUUGACAAUCUAUCAUGUGAAAAGUCACUUACAGAAAUACCGACUCGCCAAGUAUAUGCCAGAGAAGAAAGAAGAGAAGAAGGCUUCUGGCUCUGAAGAAAAUAAAGCAACUUCAAGAAACACUGAAACUGAUGGAUGGAGAAAAGGGGGCGUUCAAAUUGCUGAGGCUCUGCGCAUGCAAAUGGAAGUCCAGAAGCAGCUGCAUGAACAGCUUGAGUUGCAACGAGCUCUUCAGUUGCGCAUUGAGGAACAUGCCAGGUACUUGCAGAAGAUCUUGGAAGAGCAGCAUAAAGCUGGCAGUGCCUUAGUUCCGCCACAAAGCUCGCCUUCACUGACUAACACAAGUGAGGAUUCUGGCCUUAGGCCGACUCUGCCAUCGGCAAAUCCUUCUCCCCAACAACCAGCUGACUCUAAAACCGACUCAUAUUCACCUUCGCCAUUGAAGAAUAAAGCUUUUGACAGCAGCAAUUCUGAGUCACAAGCAUGCCAGAAAAAGAUUCGUCUUGAAGACAAGCCGGAAUCUGAUGAAGAUGAGGCUGUAGUUGAAAAUCCUGUGCAAUAGUUAUGGUUGUUGCUUUAUCAUCAAUGGAAAAUCCAUGUAAAUUGUAGUUCGUUGAUUUGUAUGUCUGACAUUUUUGAAAGUUUUAUGAAAACAGAUUCAGCCUUUUCAAUUUGACAAUUAAUUGUCC